GGGUGUACUCGCACAUGUUCGCGGGAGUACAGUCGAGUCGAGUCGAGUGUAUGACUAAAAAUCAUCAGUGUACAAAAAUAAACCUUCUGGAGUUGAUCAGUAAUUUGACAAUCCAUUUUACAAUUGUUAAUGAUAAUGUGACAUGAACAUUUUUUAGUCAUUGGGAAAGAAGCUAAUAAGAUAAUGUAUACUCCACGCACUGGAGGCUCUAAGGGGAAAUACACCCCAUUUAGUACGGGUCGAAUCGGCAGCAGCGCGUCAUCGCGGCGAAGCAGUGCCGGGAUUUUCGGGAGUUCAUCCGGCGCGAGACGGUCGCCGUUUCCUGCAUACUCCGGGGCUGGAACAAGAAGCCCUGCUGUCGGGAAUCGGUCAUUUCUGCAAACUUCGGUGAUUGCAGAGACAGCACAGUAUACCGUCGAGAACUAUGGCCCAUCUGUCCCUGUUCUUAUCUCGGAGGCCCUUGCUAUGGCAGACCGCUCAGUAAGUAUGAGUGUACGGAUUGACCCAUCUGGUUGGGCAUGCGUAGUGUGUGGCAGAAGGCUCUUUGUAUGGAGGUACAAGAACACAUUCGCAAGGGCCACCUUCUGUAAAGAGCUUGCCCUACCACCCAGCGAGCUAUCCCACAAGGCCGAGCUGGUCUGUCUGAUUCCUGCCUCCCCGGACAACCAGACUGUCGCUGUCAUGGCUGCGUCGCCAGAAGGGAUCAUCCGAUACUGGCCCAGCAUCGCCAGUGAGGGCGCUUACUCAGAGAGCAGUGCAGAGCUAAAUGGUGAAGAAUGCUUCUCACUAACACAGUUUGAGCCCUAUGGAUGUAUCCUUGCCACCACUACCAACCAGCUACUGUUGCUUAACCUGGCUGAUUCCAACACACAGAACACAGUUAGCUGUCAUCCCUUGAAGCCCUCCCAGGGGGUCCUGGCUAGGGUCUCUUCUCUUUUCUUUGGCUCCCAGAGACCACAAUCAUCUUCAACAUUGCAGAGAGUGUUAUCAGCUGGCCAGGAGGAUGGCCAAGGGGUAGUGUACGUGCUUCAAGAGGACAUCCUACAGAAAUGGCUGGUAGCUGAACCUGGAGCAGAGAAGGUGGUUUUCGAGGUCCAACUAGGCAACAUGAUCAAAAAGGGGUUUGCAAGACAGUCGGCCUGCUCAUCCAUCGACAGUUUGAGGGUUUGGAUGCUGGAUCUGCAGAUCGUUAGUGAAAGUGCCCUUCUUCUUCUUGUUGCUGCAACAGACACAUCGAGACCAUCCCCUGUAGUACAUUAUGCCCUUGUCCUGAUUCCAUUAGUGUCGGCAUCAGGUGCAGGUCCUGAUCAAAUCAGUGCAUUCAAGAUGCUGUCAUUGACUGCUCCGUACCAGGUUUCUGAAGAGGAAUCCUUACUUGAUUACCGCCUUUUGGUGGCCAGCCCUAGCAACAUGGCCUGUCAUGUCUACUCCAGAAACAUGGUUAUCUGCUGCUCAGGCAUAACUGAGAGUAGUUGUUCUUUUGACAACGUGGAUUUCAGUCAACCGGGGAACAGUAUUCUUGGUGCAGGAAGCUGUGAUGGGACAACCCUCUUCUUUUCCACCAACUACGGCCUGGUGACAGUCACCGCAACCCAGCAAGAACCCAGCUUCUUACAAGACGUCUCUCUGGCUGAGCAGAGCCUCCGACUGGACCAGUCUUCCAUCAUCAGCUCCCCGGCUCCUCCCCAGGACAUCAGCUCUCUAGGAGAGGACAAGACUAAGGGUCUGAAGGCCGCGUUCCUGCAUGCCUGCCGACAGAACUUGAGUCAAGCAGAAGCCAUUGUGGAGGAGCUCUUCCCCACGUCCGCCCCGUCGCCCAUGGAGACGGGAUCACCCAUGGAUGCGGCCGUUGCUAAGCUCAGUCAAGAGGUCAUUGAUGACUUCCCUGCCUCCGAUCCUCGCUGGGCUGAAUCCAUCCCUCAAGAUACUGCCUCCUCCACCACCUCUCUGAUCCUUCUGCAUCAGCUAGAGGAUAAGAUGAAGGCACAUGACCAUCUCCUGUCCUUCCUCAAGAAUGUAGGCAUUUGGGACAGGCUUCACUCAGUGGUUGUGAGAGAGAGCCCCCUAUCAACACACCUGCUGCUGUGUGAACAUGCUGAGAAGCUGGCAGCUGCCAUGGCGCUACGCAGCCACCAUACCAUGUACCCUAACCUUGCGGAUGGAGCCAUCAGUAAAGUGUUGCAGAAACGUGGGCAGACCCACACUCCAGCUGGCCUCACUCCGCAAGAUGUCUUCUACAGAGAAGUUUCUGGAAUUCAUGAGAUCAUAGAGAAUCUGGUUGAGCAGGAGAAGGACAUUCUCUCCACCGAACUUACUUCCUCUGAUACUGUUAGCGUAAUCAACAACGUCAACACCAUAAUUCAGGGUAUGCUGAAAGAGGCCUGGCAUUUGCGACAGUCCAAGGCUCUUGUUUACCAGUCUCUUAGCAGGAAUGUCUCCAAGCCAACAUUGCAGUACAUUCCAUGGACGGCAUCUACUGGACCAAAAGGGAUCAGAAGUCUUUUAGUGCAACAGCACCGAGUGACCAUAGAGCAAGGAAUCCCCAACGGCGAGGAUAUCCAAUCGCGGGGCGCCCUCUAUCAGCAGAUCAUGGAGCUGACGGACCUGAUCCUGGAGGGGUACGUGACUCAGCUGGAGUCCAUCGGCUUGGGGUCAGGAGAAGACAGCUCGCAAUACGAAGAGCUGGAACAGAAAUACCAACAGGAGAGACAUGUACUGAUUAUGCCACUAUUGGAGCAGGGUCAGUACGAGAGAGCAGCGUCCCUGGCUGAGAAGUACUGUGACUUUGGCAUCUUGGUGUCACUGUGUGAAGUGACUGAUAACGAGGAGAGACUGCAGCGAUACAUGAACCAGUUUGCAACCAAGGGAUUUUCAGAUUUCGUGUUCAAGUACUACAUGGAUGAAGGGAAGCGUGGCAAGCUGUUAUCGCAGCCGUUCUCUCAGCAUGCUGAACUGAGCGAGUUCCUCCAGGCCCAUGAUCACCUGAGCUGGCUCCAUGAUGUGCAAGUCAAGGACUACAUCAAGGCUCAGGGAACCCUGAAACGGUUGUCUGCAAAAGAGACGCUAUCACUGGCAAAGAAAAAGACAUUACUGAGUCUGAGUAAGUUGACUGCAUUGGCUUGUGAUGAGGUUCCAGAGGCAGAACUUGAAGAUAUUAACAGUGAAUUGGAUGUUAUACUACACCAGGAACAGCUGCCUAAAGAAUUAGUUCAAAAAAUGGAAUUGUUCAACAGUGAGGGGGAUUUACCAGUCAUUGAUCCCGAACAGCUAAUCUGGUUAUACAUCAGCGAGAAGAACACAGAUGCCAAUGAGUUUGACUUUAAGAAGGCUCUUGACCUCCUACAGUAUUUACCCAAGGAUGACGAUGCAAAGAUUGAUCACCUGAGGCUCAAUGUAUGGUGCAAAGCCAUACUCAAAGAUGAUUGGUCAGCUGACAGAGGGACUGGGGUGGACCCUUUGGAGCAUUAUGAGGACACUGUGUUCUUCAGAACUGCUCGAUUAAUACUGGAAUCUGGCGCAGAUCUGGAAUACUAUCUUCCUGACGUGGACGCCCUGCUCACGAGUGACGAGUUGAAACCUCUUCAGGGCAAUGCCAACUUUCAGUUCAUCUUGAGGGCAGGAUACGAACAAAUGGAACGGAUUGUAGCAUAAGAAUCCAAGUUUAAA